AUGGCCUUAAAAUCUAAUAUCAAAGGUUCUGUGGAAAAGCAGAGUAAAACUACUGGUAGUCAAGCAUUAGAAGGAAAUUGUCGCAGGCCUUCACCUUUGCAGGUUUCCAGGACCUGUAUAUCAGAGCCCACCACCCCAAAGAAAUUAGCCAGCCAUGUUCAAGAAGUUCCCUUUAAGCAGGAAAAGAAAAGAGCAGAGCAUAGAACUGUCAAGGAUUGCUCAGCCUCUGCCAAGGUCAGCGAUGGAGCCAGCAGCCUUGCAAAAACUAGCAGAAGUGCCAAAAUUAGUGAUCGAGCUGAUUUUGUUGAAAGUGGCAAGAGCAGCAUGUGCAGGGGUAGCACAAGCAGUGAUGUAAGAAAUGAAAGCACUUGUAGCAGCUUGAGUAGCAGUAUUAACAAACCUCAUAAAGCCAAUCACUCAAAAUGGGAGGCCAUUCGAGCUGCCCGAGCAAAAGAUGGGGUCUUAGUUUUGUGUCACUUCAGAUUGCUGAAGAAGUUGGGCUGCGGGGAUAUUGGUAGUGUCUAUCUUUCAGAGUUGAGUGGAACAAAAUGUUAUUUUGCCAUGAAGAUCAUGGACAAAGCAUCACUAGCAGGCCGUAAGAAGUUGCUUCGCGCACAGACAGAAAGAGAGAUUCUGCAGUCUUUGGACCAUCCCUUUCUUUUGACCUUAUAUUCCCAUUUUGAGACAGACAAUUCUCGUGUUUGGUGA